CCCUCCUCGCCGGCGACACCCUCUGAACGGUCUGUGUCUCUGCGCAGGCCACGCGAAGCAAAGGCAAGUAAGUGCGUUUCGCGUCGCCCAUGGGCGGUGUGGUCUCUGCGGCUGCCUCGGGCGCCACGGGUAUUGGCCAGGACACCGAGGCCCUGAUCCGAGCGCGGCAGGCGAGGAUGCGCCAGGAGGUUCUCCUCGCUAAGCUGCACGAUGAGGCCCGGCUGCAUGCCUCGCAAGAGUGGGACAAGGAGAAUGGCGAGUCCCAGCCGGCCGCCGCGCCGCCAGCAGCGUCCAAGCCGAAGAAGAAGAAGAAGACCGAGAAGCCGCCCGACAAGGCGGCCAAGGCUCCAGAGACGACGGCAAAAGACGCGCCGGCGGUGGCGAGUGCGCCGGCAGAGCCUGCCGACACCGCGAGGGGAGCCACCCUGUUCAAGGCGAAGUGCGCCGCGUGUCACACUUGCAACGAGGGCGGACCCAGCAAGCAGGGCCCCAACCUCUACAGCAUCAUCGGCGCGCAGACGGCGCACGACAAAGCGUACAAGUACACCAAGGCGAUGUCGAGCUUCAACUCGACCUGGACUGAGGAGACGAUGCUCUCUUUCCUGGCCAAGCCAAAGGAGGUGGUCAAGGGCACCUCGAUGGCCUUCCCGGGCUUCAAGAAGGAGAAGGACCGAGUGGACGUGGUGGCGUACCUCAGCACGCUCAAGUGAGGACGGCGCGGGACGGCGCGGGAGUGGAGUAGGCCGUGCACGAGGUGCGUUGUGAUAGGUUAGUAGGUUGGGGCGCGGAAGUUCCUUCAUUCAGGGGUAUU